AAUUUUUGUUGUAUAUAGUUCAUUAUACAUAGUACAUACUUAUCUCAUUAAAAUUAUUUGUGACAGGUCACCUUAUUGGCAAGAAAUGGUUGAUGCCCUUACCAUUUGUGGGGCGGGGUUCAAAGCCCCUUCUGAGUUUGAUUUGAGGGGACCCAUUUUGACUGAAUUGGUGAAUGAUGUGAAGAAAGAAUUGGGUGAUCAACGCCAAAUAUGGAGCACUAAAGGUUGCACCAUCAUGACUGAUGGUUGGACAGACAGGAGAAAUAGAACUCUCCUUAAUUUUCUUGUUUCUUCCGCAGGGGGCACCGUUUUCAUCAAGUCUAUUGAUGCCUCCGCCCAUUGCAAGAAUGCCACCUACCUAUGUGAGCAGAUAGAGGAGGUGAUUAAUGAGGUGGGUGAAGAGAACGUGGUACAGGUGGUGACUGACAAUGCACCAAAUUAUGUUGCUGCAGGCAGACUAUUGAUGGAGAGGCGCCCAUCUAUAGUUUGGACUCCAUGUGCCGCCCAUUGCAUUGACCUCAUGUUAGAGGAUAUUGGAAAACUUCCAUGGGUCAAGACGUGUAGAAAAGGCAAGAAAUGUGUGCAAAUUUGUAUAUAAUCAUUCAUGGGUGUUGGCUCUUAUGAGACAAUACACAGAGCAUAAGGAGUUAGCUCGUCCAGGAAUCACAAGAUUUGCCACAAACUUCAUCACAUUGCAGUCCAUGCUUCGUUGUAAGAUGGCCUUGAGACGUAUGAUUGUUGGUGAGGAGUGGUCUUCCUCAUCCUAUGCUGCCACCCCAGCAGGGAAAGAUAUGGCAGACUGCAUUUUUGAUGAGCGAGGCUUUUGGAGCCCUUGUGAUGAGAUAGUGAAGUUUGUUAAGCCCUUGGUGGUUUUGUUGCGAGUUGCGGAUGGAGAAAAGCCCGCAAUGGGCUACAUAUAUGAGGGCAUGGAUAGGGCGAAAGAGGGCAUCAAAUCUAUCUAUGCAGGAGAUGAGAGCAAGUAUGGUCCCAUUUGGCAGAUCAUUGAUAAGAGAUGGCAUCAUCAGCUUCAUAGGCCCAUCCAUGCAGCAGCCUAUUAUUUGAAUACGGCAUUCCAUUUUAGCCCUACUUUCAGGGCUGAUGCGGAGGUCCUUGAUGGGCUAUACUCAGUCAUGGAGAAGAUGGCACCUGUUGGUUGUACUCAGACAGAUCUUAUGCGAGAGCUACAGUUGUUCUCAAAUGCACAAGGGGAGACCUUUUCUCGUCCUAUCGCCAAAGAAAGUAGGACAACUAU